UGUUUCCUCACUCCCGUGCGUCGAAUUCAUGUGGGCGCCGUGGGGAAACCGACUCCCACGCGGCGGAGCCACCACCACCGCCACCUCCUCUUUGCCACCGCCUCAGCUUCCGCCGCCCACUUCGUCCAUCAUCCGCUCAUCCUCCUCCCUCAAGGACCUCCUCUCUCUCCUCGACGAGUACGAUGCCCACGACGCAUCCGCAUCCCCGUCCCGUGGUCCGCGGCCCCCACCACCGCCGCCGCCUCCGCCGGUGAUCCACCACGUUCGGUCGGCCUCCUCCGCCCUUCGCUUGUGGUGCUCCCCGCCGGAGGACCCCUUCGGCCUCCCACCGGGUGAGGAAAAGCGGGUCGUCCUCUACUUCACCUCCCUCCGCGCUGUCCGCCAUACCUUCGAGGAUUGCGCCGCCGUCCGGGCGAUCCUAUGCGGCCUACGCGUCGCCGUCGACGAGCGCGACGUCUCCAUGGACGCCGGGUUCCUGCGGGAGCUGAAGGGCGUUCUCGGCGUCCGCCGGUGGCACCUCGGGCUUCCGCAGCUGUUCAUCGGGGGGCGGCACGUCGGCGGGGCCGACGACGUACGGCGUCUCCACGAGGCCGGGGAGCUGAGGCGGUACGUGGAGGGGGCAGCGCAGGCGACUGGAAGGGCGUGCGAGUGGUGCGGCGACGUCCGCUUCGUGCUCUGCAGGAGCUGCAGCGGGUCCCGACGGUGCUACCAUGACAAGGGCGGUGCGGGCGGGGGAUUCCGGACGUGCACCGCCUGCAACGAGAACGGGCUCGUCCGGUGCCGGCGGUGCUGCGACCCUGACGCCGUCUGAUCGCGAUGGGACGGUCGACAAGGGCGUGUUUUCUUCGACCUCGUACGAUUGUUUUCACGGGAGGAAGCGAGAGAGUUAAUAAUAAUACGACCAUAAAAAUUCUCCAACUUCCCCUUUUUUUUUU